CCACCGCCGGACGCCAAUGGGGUGAUUAUGAUGUUGAAGGGCUGCGACGCGGCCGCCGCCGUGGCUAAGGCGGCCCCCGCCCCCACCCCCAGCCCCAGCUCUACCAUCAACAUCAACACCUCCACCUCCAAGUUCUUAAUGAAUGUUAUAACUAUUGAAGAUUAUAAGAGCACAUACUGGCCAAAAUUGGAUGGUGCCAUAGAUCAACUUUUAACCCAGAGUCCUGGUGACUAUAUCCCCAUAUCUUAUGAACAGAUAUACAGUUGUGUAUAUAAGUGUGUAUGCCAGCAGCACUCAGAACAGAUGUACAGUGAUCUGGUUAAAAAGAUAACUAAUCACUUAGAGAGAGUCUCAAAGGAGCUGCAGGCCAGCCCUCCAGAUCUCUAUAUUGAAAGAUUUAAUAUAGCUCUUGGACAGUAUAUGGGAGCAUUGCAGAGCAUCGUGCCUCUUUUCAUAUAUAUGAAUAAGUUUUACAUUGAAACCAAGCUUAACAGAGAUUUAAAAGAUGACCUUAUAAAGCUGUUUACAGAACAUGUUGCAGAAAAGCACAUUUACAGCCUAAUGCCUUUACUUUUAGAAGCCCAGUCAACACCAUUUCAGGUUACACCUUCAACUAUGGCAAACAUCGUGAAAGGCUUGUAUACUCUCAGACCAGAGUGGGUUCAGAUGGCUCCAACUCUAUUUUCUAAAUUUAUUCCAAACAUUCUCCCUCCGGCGAUGGAAUCUGAACUUUCUGAAUAUGCUGCUCAAGAUCAGAAACUUCAAAGAGAACUUAUACAGAAUGGUUUUACAAGAGGUGACCAGUCCCGGAAGAGAGCUGGGGACGAGUUGGCUUAUACCCCUCCACAUGUGCAAGUUCCAGGGGAUACAGAUAGUGAAUGUGUUGAAUGUACGUUCCUCCCAAAAAGAGGAAACACUGGAGCUGCAGAGACUGUGUUUGGAGCGCAGCGGGGCCUGCAGCACUCAGGAGCUCUUCGUAAGGCUGUUCUCGGGAGAAGAUGCUGGACUUCUAAUUUUGGUUUGUAAUUUUAAAAAGACUUAACAAAAAACAAAAACAGAAAAAACAGUUGCUGCUAGACUUGGGGGUGAUUAUAACAUGGGACAAUCUUUUAAUGAGGCUUAUCUAUGGAUUCUUUGAGGAGCUAGCAUCUUGGAAAGUGACCGUUGCUAAGUGAAAUCCGACAGCCAAAAUCAGCAGCUUCCUCCAAAAAUACAAGAGCAGAAGAAAUCUUUUUUUUUUUUUUUUUUAGCACUUGUUUUAUUUGUGGACUUGGCACUUCACAUUGGUUUCACAUGUCAUGAUAUCUUUUGCUUUUAAAACCAAGCAGAUGGUUACAAUACAGUAUUUUUCACCCGUACCCCAAACAGCCCCCUUUAAAAUAAGAAAUGGUCUUUGUUUAGCAUUACAGCAUCUGGUUAAAAGAAAAUAUUAACUCAGUUUUCAUCAGAACCUUUACCCCAUCAGUUCACAACCUUUUCCUACUCUGUGCCUUGAGCUUCAUGCACUUUGCAACUGUGUGAUGGUAUUGUUAAACUUACAAAUGCUUCCUGGAGAAGUUGCUGGUAUCCGGAACCAACCCACCAAAAUGCCAGGUGUGUCUUUGUGGCAGGAUGUUAUAAUUAAAUGGGAAAGUAGAAGUGUGGUGUACCUUGGUCAGAUCCCCCCGGUGGCACCAGGGCAUGUUCAUGUUAAUGUGGGGACCAAAUCUCAUGCAGCUUUUCCAUUCCACUGUCACCUCACCUGAUUUCACCAGCCUCUGUAGGGUGGGUAGUGCCCUAGUCCUGGUGGGUGGCACUGCAGCACGAAUGCCCCCUUUUCAUACUUCGAGGGAAUGCCCGGUGGUAGGAGCAGCUCCCUCUGACACUCUAGGAAGUGCUGUAGUUACUAAAACCAAAUGUAAUCCAUAGUGUGGACUUCCUGAUCCAUUUCAUUUCAGCAGAAGAGAUAACUACUUUGAAAAGUAGAGCCUGUGUCUCUCAAACAAUAUAUUUGACGUUUCAGUGGAAUAGGGAGGAAGUCACACUGCUGAUUUAAGGCUUGCUUCCAGCUGUGGCAGUGCUACAUUUUCUGUUUCAUUACACCUACAGUGCUGUUAAAUUUUCCAUAAAAGUCUGAAGCUUAUUCUAGUUAUUUUUGAAAGGCAAAGAAAAGUCAAAAGAUAUGGCAAGGGAAAAAAUAUUUUUCUUCUGUUUUGCUUGAAUGUAAAUUCAGCAUAGGCUUCACUCUGUUGGGCUAGUGAUGGUCAGUUUUUCAGAGAACGGGAGUCGUUCAGGGAUGCCAUUACGCUGCUGAUCUGCAGGUUUUUCACAGAGCUGCCUCUGCCAAUUCAGCUUGUCCUUUUAGGUGAGUGUGAUAGGUAUGGGCCUUAAAAGUGGGAUAUUGAGAGCAAGUAAAUCAUCUAACAGAAGUCCUUGAUUGGUAAAAUUACACAGUGGAGUAAAAGUAAAGGUGAGAUAUAUUUUUAAGUACUUAGCAACCACAGUUGAUGCUUUUUUGGAGGGCUUUGUACUCAUUCACCCUGAGUGUCAUGGAUUGUAUUGAUGAACACUGACUUACUCUAAGAACCAUAUACAGGCUCUAUGAGCUAACGUACCUCUGACAUUCUAGUAUUGAGAAAGAAUUCCAUUUUAUCAUAAAGCCUAAAUUUUACCUUGCUCAGUGGAAUGCUUACUGUAGACUUAUAAAUAGUGCAUGGGACUGAAAUGUCUCCUGAGUGGCUUUGAUGAUAUUUCUGAAAGGAAUAAAAUUGGAGCAUUUCUCUAAACAGAUGAAUUUAUAGUAUUCUAAUAACAUACCCAAAUAUUUUUUCUGGGAGAGAAUAUUCUUUUUUGGCCAACAACAGAAUUUUCCCUAUUUAAAAAGCAUUGUAUUAUGAUGUGAAUUGGCAUUAAAACCUUUGGAUGCCUUUGCAUUAUUAAUGGAGAAGCAUUUUAUAUUCCUUUUAUUAGUGUGUGUUAACAAAAAAAGUAAGUAAGGAAAGUCUGUAAAAUUUUGCUUCUCAAAAUCUUUGCACAGUGACUGUAGCCAGCUGUGGGUCAGGCUUGGUACCCACCAAGCUGUUACCAGAAGGUGCCCUGAAGGGGCACACAUUCACCCAGUGCAUGUGCCCUGGCUAUUCCCAAUCUUGGUCCCUGAGGUACAUUGCGGUAGAAACCUAUUCCUGUAAGCUAAAAUUGACAUUGCUUAUUACUCGAAAUUCUUGACAGAAUUCUUAGCUUGUAACAUGAGAGGAAAGAAAAUUUGUUCCCCUCUCAUUUUUUAUUGACUGAGAGUACUACUAUUUGCCAGAAAGUAUUUUCCUCUUCUUUUUAUUUGUAUUCUUGCCGGGACAGUAUAUGGUUUUUCUACCCCAGCUAAAUACUGGCUUUUGUAAGAAACCACUGGAGACAGAGUAUUUUAUAUGCCAGUUGAUUGGUUAGUCGACACAUACGAUUGGUGUGGCUAACCUGUCUAGUACUUCCAUGCAGCCAAAAACUAGACUCUUAGAAAGCAAGCCAGGAGCCAGCUCAGUCAUCUUCAAAUAAUGCAUGUAAAAGAAAUAGGUAAUAUUGUUUUAAGAGACGGUACGUAUUUAAAGGCUGGCCUUAAGCUUCUGUAACAGUGUCAUAUCUCAUGACCCCUGUUAUCACAGCUGCACCCUAACCUGUCAGAAAUUAUUACUCCUUCAUUUUGCGGGGGACAAAAAGCAAAACCUGGUGGUGUGACUCCCGGCCUAAUGGUUCUGAGGCAGGGCUAGUAAGAGGAAGCGCCAGCCUGGAUCUGUGACUUGAGCAUUAUUAAGCUUUGCAGAGAAGUUUUUUUCCUGCCCCCUUGACAGAUUCGUACCCCUUUCAUUAGGAUGACGCCAGGUAGUGGGUCAGUGAGAUUGUGGAGGGACG